UCCGGGUCUCAUAGGAUGAGCACUAGCAGCUUGUGCAGUGACUCUGAGCUUGGAGCAGCAGCCAGAGACCUUACGGGCUUUGCUAGUAAUAGGAGACGUAUUGAUGUGAAUAGCAACUCAGCGUUCCGCUCGCUCUCCCCGGCUGCAGCGCGCUCCAGAGCUGAUUACGAGGAGCAAGACCUCUCCACCCAGUAUAGAAGGCAAUUGGAACUCAUGGAUGACUUACAGGCAUCCCGCAGUGUGGGAAGGAAUAAGAAUAAAACAGAUCUACUAAAGAGCACCUAUGACUCAUUACUUCUAGAUAUUCCUGUCACUAGAGAACAAACUAACCAUUAUCGGAUAAUUGCAGAAAAUGCUCAUAGUGAGCUGGCGGCUCUGCAUGUAAAGUUUGAGGGAGCUCAGUCUGAGUUGAUAGAUCUUAGAUCCAAGCUUUCGGCCAAAGAACUCUCUCUCCAUGAGCUUAAAGCUGAAGUAGAAAAUUAUAAGGAAAAUAAUGCAAGACAGUCCUCGAUGAUCAGCUCUCUACGUGCCAGAAUAAAGGAGACAGAAGAAGAAUCAGGUCUGCUUGCAAGUUCCAAGUCACGUGCAGACCUAGCAGUGCAAACUGUUCUUCAGGAGAAUCAAGAUGUGAAGGAGAAGGUUCGGGACUUGGAGGCCAGGUUAAAAAAAUAUUUGACUCAGUGGGAAGAGAGUAAAUCCCAGGCUUCUCAUCAUAGCAGGAGUCAUGGACAUUUUUUGGCUCAGCUAUCUGCAUCUUUGGAUCUCAAUAUCAAGGGGAAAGAAGAAGCAGAGGAAAUACUAAUUUCCAAGGUAAGUGAGCUCUAUAAAGAGAAUGUGGGAUUAAAGGGUAGAAUUGGCACACUUGAAGAAACCGUUAAUGUCCAUGAGACUGAAGCAAAAGCCAGCAGAGAGACUAUCAUGAGAUUGGUCUCUGAAGUUAAUAAAGAGCAGAAAAAGGCAGCAUCAUUUAAACAACAGAUUGACAACCUACACAAGAAUCUAGAAAGUGUCACAGAUGCAAAACAAGAUCUUCAGAGAGAACUAAGGAUAUUGCAAGAUAGACAUAAUGCUGCACAAAGGGCAUGGGAUGCCAGCAAAGUAGAGUUAAGCCAGGUUAAGAAAAGCUCAACAGAGAUGGAUAUGACUUUGAAAAACAGCCUUGCUGAGGCCAAGACAGCAAACAGCCUAUCACAGUCUUUCAAGGAAAGUGUGGCAGCGGCUCUUAGUCGUGAUUCUGCAAUUGUGAAACCAAAAGAGGAAGCCAUCUUGGAGAGGAUUCGGGAACUAUGUAACAAGGCUGAAAGCAAAAAUAUGAUGGUAUCACAGCUGGAAACCAGAGUGUGUAAACUAAAUGAACAAUUGCAGAACCAGGCCGAUCUACAUCAAGAAGCCUUAAACAGAGCCAAAAAGGCAGAACAACAGCUGGAGGACCUCCGUAGCCGCUUGAAAUUGGCAGAAGGGGAACUGGUGUCUGGGGAUGUAAUGCGGGACAGUUUAAGCUAUGAGAAACAAAAGUACAUGAAGUUCCUGGAACAACUAUCAGACAAGAUGAAGCUUGAGAAAAUAACUGCUGACUUGGGGUUUGACAUGCGUCUGGAUGCCAUCCUUGCCCGCGCAGAGCAGCUGGUCAAGUUGGAAUCUGGCGCUAUAAUUGAAAGCAAAACUCUGGCCCAUGGUUUACAGAGAAAAUUAAAGGCACAGAAAGAACAAUUUGACAGCAAAGAACUGCACAUGGAGCUUUUGAGAAAAAAGAUUGCUCAGUUGGAAGAAGAGAAGCAGGUGCGGACAGCGCUGGCUGUGGAGAGAGACGAAGCCAACCUGACUGUAAGGAGGCUGCAGAAGAAGGUGGAGAGACUGCAGAAAGAGUUAACAGUUGCCCAGGAAUCCAUCACAAACCACAAAGCCAGACUUUCCGAUACUAAUGACCUGAUGAUCAAAACAAUGGAGCAGCACAAAACCAUUGAAGACCUAAGCAAGUCUAUGGAAAAGCUAGAGAAACUGAAAUGCAAAACUGAGAAGCGGUUACUCACUGUCCAGUCAGAGUUAAACUUCACCGAACGGGACGCAAAGGUGGAAAAAGAAAAGGUUACAAACUUACUUGACGUGGUAACUAGUGAGCUCAAAACGCUUAAAAAAACUUUGGAGGAAGUUGUCAAAAGAGAAAAACAGCUUGUUGAUUUUCGGGAGGUGGUUUCACGUAUGCUUGGUCUGAACGUUAACGUACUGGCACUUCCAGACUAUGAAAUUAUCAAACGUCUUGAGGGACUCAUUCAUAGCCACCAUCACCAUGUGGUUUCCUGUGCCUAAAUGAAGAUAGAAUAAUGUCAAUAAGUCGGAUGAUAUAAGAAUUUGGAAUGAUGACAAUAUAUAUUUUUACCUAAAAAGACUUAUUUUCUUGGCAAUGUCUUAUUGAUUUAAUUUUCUGAUGCCAUAAUAAAUAAAACAUUUUUUAUCAACCUUUAAA